UAUCCUUCUAUUUGGCCACCACUCCACUCCGGAUAGCGCGAGAGCUGCGCGCAUCACCAUGGCCGCUUCUUCCUCUCUCUCCGCCACUCUCGCCUUCCUCCCUCUUCGCCACUCCUCUUCCGUCUCUCCUAACCCCAAGCUCGCACUUGAGCUCCCUCUCCACACGCCCGGCCCCAGGUCUCUUCCUAGUAUCCGCUCCCGCGCGCCCUCUUCUUCUUUCCGCGUCUUCGCUGCCCCGGAGGUUGUUGAGUCCCAAGGAAACCUUGGAUGCUUUAGAAGGUUUCCACUGAAUUUGAGGUUUGGUGUUGCAGGAGAUGAGGUUCCGGAGCCAUCUGUUAUUAUCAGUGAUGCUGAUAAGCUAGCCCCCAAGCAAAAGAUUAGGAUAAAGCUGAGGUCGUACUGGGUACCCCUGAUCGAGGACUCAUGCAAACAGAUCAUGGAUGCUGCUCGGACCACCAACGCCAAAACCAUGGGCCCUGUGCCAUUGCCAACCAAGAGGAGGGUAUACUGUGUUCUCAAGUCACCUCACGUCCACAAGGAUGCGCGGUUCCACUUUGAAAUCCGAACACAUCAGCGCUUGAUUGAUAUUUUGCACCCGACAGCCCAGACAAUCGACUCUCUAAUGCAACUCGACCUCCCGGCCGGAGUCGAUGUGGAGGUUAAGCUCUAAUCUUAAUUAUCAGUUAAAUCUUUACUUGUAUUUUUCCACCUGUUUUUGCUAUGUUACUUGUAUUCUGUCAGUAGCUGACACUAGUUUUUGGCAUGUUCAAAGACCUCACUCAGAAAAAAAGACCGGCAUUUUUAUUCCGUUAAUAUAAAUCAUCGUCGUAUCUUGGGAAUUUAUAGUA